AUGUUGAAGGAACUCACGGGUCAAGCACAGGGCUACCUGGGCAACCGCAAGCCCUUUACCGCCGUCACCGACUGGAUCGACCGACUCUGCACCCAGCGCUACGCCGAAGAAGAGUACGAUGGCAUUCCCGAACUCGUCGAGGCCAUCAACCUCCAGUCCACCGGUCCCACCGAAGCGAGCCGUGCCCUGCGCAAGAAGCUCAAGUACUCCAAUGUCCACGGUCAGAAGCGCGCGCUCAUCAUCCUCAAGGCGCUCGUCGAAAACUGCGGACAGCGAUUCCAGAACACGUUCGCCAACGAUCAGCUCGUCGAUCGCAUCAAGAUCAUGUCGCAGGAUCAGCUGGUGGAUGCCUCGGUGCGCCGGCUGCUCAUGCGCGUUCUGCUCUCGUGGCAUCAGCAGUUCAAGGACGACCCAACUAAAAAGAUGGUCGCAGGUCUUUACCACGCUUGCGGCGGUGGAAAGAAGUCCGAGGCGCAGAAGAAGAACGAAGCAGCCGAGGCGUACCGCAAGCUGCAGGAGAAGCAACGCAUCGAAGCACAGAUCCGUAGCGACCGCAAAGCCGCCGAGCAGCUGCAGAAGGAAGAGGACAAGAAACGCGGUAAGAAGGGCGUCAAACGACCCGCCUUCAACUUCGAGCAGGAGAAGCCCUCCAUUUUGCAAUCGCUCGCCAUCUCGCAGCAAGUCGCCACGGCGCUCGUCAACGCUCUGCAGCACGUCAACCGCGAGAAGGAGAGCGUCACCCAAAACGCACGCGUGCAGGACUACCUCGUCAAGACCAAGGUGGAGCGCAAGAAGAUCAUCCGCUACGUCCAGCUCGUCAAGGAUGAAGAGUUCCUCGGCUCGCUCAUUUCAGCCAACGACCAGAUCAUUCUGGCGCUCGAGCUGUACGAUCGACUCUCCAAGCCUGCCGACUUGGAUUCGGACGACGACGAAGAGCCGCUGGCCGCCAUCUCGGGCUCGGGGCAGACGGCGCAACAGAAGACAGCGGCCCGUUUGGCGGCGGACGAUGCCGAGAUCGAGAUGGUGCGCAAACGCAUCGCGGAUGCCCGCCUCAACGCCCCCGAUAGCGAGCUGGAGAAGCUACAGACGCGCCAAAGGGUGCGCAUCGAGCGUCACAACUCGCGCGUGGGCAGCAUGCGCAGCUUCGACAUGAGCCCACAGGCUUCCCAGGCCGGCUCGAGCCAGCGAGCUGCCGGAGGAGGAGGAGGAGGCGCGAUGAACGAUCUCAUCGAUCUCGACUUCCAGGAGGAUCAGGGACGCUAUCACUCGCAGACCCAGCCAGGCGGUGCGCGUCGAGGCAUGACGGCGAGCGAGGCAGCUGGGAGCAGCAGCGCCCAGCACGGCGCCCUGUCGGACUACAGCGACUACGAGUCGGAGGAAUCGGCCGACGAACACGCCCACCCGCAGGCGCCUGGCCGUGCUCGUCAGCUCGCCGCAUCGUCUUCGCGACCCGAAGGUGGGUCGUGGUCCAACCUCAACGACUCGGACGAGGAAGAAUGGCUGCGAACCACGCAGAACCAUCGACCCAACAUCGGACCCGGCUUCAACUGGGACGAGGAGGAGGCGGACGACGAUCCGUUUGCCGAUCCAUUUGCCGAUGCCAACAAUGCAGCUGCGUCGGGUAGCGGGUGGGGGAUCGAGCGACCGCAGAACCAGCCUCGAAAGGAGUGGGGUGUGGUGUAG